CCUCGUCGCUAUUUUUUCUUUUCUACAUAAACGUUAGCCUUUUCCGCUUAUUCUGGCCAAAACCUUCUUUGUGAUUCGAGCAUCAUGUCAACAACCCAGGCACCUCCAGCAAAUGCAUCUGCAACGAAUGCAGUCUUCCGCGAUGCCAUUCAUGCAGAGACGGUGCGAAAAGAGAUGAAACGGUACAAAGUAUACGAGAACUACAUGCUCACGCCCAGUGUUGAGAAAGGCCUCGUUGUGACAGAGAAACCAAACCGGGUGUCAAUACAAAAUAUGGAGAAGAGCCUGGACUUGGAUUCUGGAAAGAAACCUGGAAUAACUAUUGACCACGGCCAGACACUACCAAGAACUACCAACGAAACCUACGGCUGGGAUACUGUUCCGCUGAUGCGUAAUACGGAUAGACGAUUCUAUCACCCCAAAAUCGAGACGGAGAUUACAAAAAUGUAUGGAACCAUUAUCUCAAGCGGAGGAUCGAAAGGAAAGGUGAAGGAGGCCCAGUGAGACAUUUCAGUAAAGACAAAGAUUCUGUUGUAGGGAACAGUUUUAGAGAUGCAGAUAUAGGUAGAGAGCUCGCAGUUUUUUAGGGUAAUUAUUAAGAACUAGCGUGUUUUGAGACGACGACUUGUAGAAACGAACAAGUCCACCAGUUGAUGAUAAAUUCGAUAUUUUUGUUAUAGAAUCACCGGCAUGUCUUUUCCAG